AUGAAGCCUACCCCAACCCUGCCCGGGUUUGGGAAGCGGCUGCACGUUCAAGGACCUGCGCUGCUUGGGCGACACGCCAUCCUGAAGCCGCUGCGCUUCCUCAGCACGGCACUGUUGAAUCAGCGGCGGGCCUUCAUCCGCUCAUGGCACUCGUGCCGAGGAGGCGCGAUCACGCCCAGGUUGAGGGCUGUGCUCGAUGGCAGCGGCGGUGCAGACGCCGCCGUCGGCUACAUGACCCCCGGGAGGUUCGAAGCAGUGGCCAGGGACACCGAAGCGGCCCCACCGAGUCCCCAAGGCGUGGCAGGCGCUCUCCAACGCGUUCCAAUGGUGGCCCCACCCGAUGAGCACAUCAAUUCUGCAAUCAAGAGGGCAAGCAGGAUCGGGCGCAACAAGAGGAUAAAGAACUUGGCUGCACAGGCGAAGAACCGGGCCGCCCGCCAAAUGGACGCCUUGAUGAAAGCUGUGGCUGUUCCCCUGAAUGGGUACGUCAAGGGCUUUCCGAACCCACAAAAACUGCAUCCGUUUGAGGCAGCCCUUCUGGACUUGACGGUGAAAGAGGAGCACUACGCAAGGGUGCUCGGCAAGGUGAAUAGCCUUCGAAAAUCUGUGCUGGAGGUCGGCCGGUCGUAUGCCUCACGAGCCUCCAGCGCUUCGAGCAAGAGAGAAGCAGAGGACAUCGCAGAGGAAGGGUUUGACACCAUGAAGAGGGUGUACCUGCGGGGUAGCAAAUCCAUAGAGGACUUGGUGGGCAUUGCUCAGAAGCUGAGACCCCUGCCUAUGUUGGACACGGCCAUCCCCACCCUGGCGCUGGUUGGGGCUCCAAACGUUGGCAAAUCCUCUCUCGUUCAAGCCAUCUCCUCUGGGCGGCCAGAGGUGUGCAACUACCCGUUCACCACGAGGAGCAUCAAGCUUGGGCACUUCCUGGUCGAUGGGAGACGGCACCAAUUGACAGACACGCCAGGCCUUCUCAAUCGCAACGAUGCUGACCGAAACACAAUGGAGAUGCUGACACUGUCGGCUCUGCAGCAUCUUCCGACUUCAGUGGUAUUUGUACUGGACCUGACGGAAGACUGCGGCACAAGUUUGGCCGAUCAGUGGCGAAUCCGCCAGGAGAUGAAAGGCAGGUUUGAAAACAAAAUUUGGUUGGAUGUCUUGUCCAAGGCAGACCUCCUGGAAGACGAGUUCGCUGAAGGCGACAAAAUGACGCAGGAGGCUACGUCGAGGGACCCUUGCGCUGGUGCUGCGCAAAUGGCUUCCUGCCUGCCAGAUGCCUUCAGGAUUUCUACUGUCAGUGGUAGAGGAAUCGCAGAGAUGAAGAAAGGAAUUGUCUCAGCACUGUCGCGCCAAGAACAGCAGCAGGAAGCGUAA